AGAUGAAAUUAUUUGGUACAACCGCAGAGGGUGUGAGCCCCACCCACUCCCACUCACGACGUAACCGACCCCAACCAUCCCAUUCUUCAAUCUAACAACUCUCUUCUCUCUUGCAUUCCAAACUUCCCUUUCUUCCCUUUCAUUUUUCAAAUUCCAAAUCUUCAUUCUUCUUCUUCUUCUUCAUCUUCUUCAACAACAAUACUCAUGACUACAGAGCUUCUUCAAAUCGAUCCUUCCGAACUUAGAUUUGUCUUUGAAUUGAAGAAACAAAGUUCAUGUUUGAUUCAACUCGGAAACAAUAAUGAUCACUAUAUUGCUUUUAAGGUUAAAACGACGUCGCCGAAGAAGUAUUGUGUUAGACCUAAUAUCGGCCUCAUCAAGCCAAGGGAGAAAUGUGAUUUUACUGUUACUAUGCAAGCUCAACGUACUGCGCCCCCUGAUAUGAAUUGCAAAGAUAAGUUUCUUAUUCUAAGUACAGUUGUUCCAUUUGGAACUACUGAAGAUGACAUUACAUCUGAUAUGUUUGUAAAAUACAGUGGAUAUAUUGAGGAGAAGAAACUGAAGGUAGUCCUCAUUAGUCCACCGUCUUCGCCAGUUUUGCUUCCGGUAAAUGGUGAUAUGAAACAGGAUCCGUCUUACCAAAUUAAUGUGCUAAAAGAUAGGGUGAUAAGUGGAAUUGAAAACAUACCUCCCCCUCUAAAAACUUCUGCGGAAGUUAAAGGUUUGGAACCAGUCUUAGAUACGGGAGAGGAGAAAUCAAAUGAGGAUAAUGUCCCGAGACAUGCUGAAAACGAGGGUGAUAUGAAGCCAGCAAUAGAUGAUGAUGUGCAGUUGAAUUUAGCAAAGGGUUGUGAGGAGUUGAAAUCAAGACUUUGUUUGAUGGAUUCAAAGUUAAGAGAGGUUAGAGCUUCUGAAUUUAGAUUAAGCAUUAUGAAUGCUGAGGUAGCCAUGAUGAAGUUGAAUGAGGAGAAACACACAUACAAUAAAGAAAAAGAUAUGCUAAAGAAAGAAUUGGAGGCACUGAAGAAGAAAAGUAACGUGAAAGUUCAGGCAGGCUUUCCAUUACUGUUUGUCUGCAUGGUUGCUAUUGUAGGUGUGGCAGUUGGAUACUAUAUUCAGCCAUAAGGCAUAGAAUUGCUUGCGUAUGAUAGAAGACGUUCUGAAAACUAUGGUUUCUCUGUAAUUGUUCAUUAUGAUAGUUUCACUAUGAUAGUUUUACUUGAUCGAUGUGUUAAUAUGUGACAUGAGAAUGUGUGUAAAGUGAACUACACCUAUCAAUAGAAGCAUAUAAUAAGCAGCCUUAUGAUA